GUGAUAAAGCCUGUUGCCAUGGUCCUUAAUAUCCUCCAAGGGGAAUCAUCUGUGCAUAUGGGCCUCCUGCUGCCAACACCUUACCAGUUGCGGGACAAGCUGAAGAGGUUGGAGUCAACUUGCAAAAUGUGCACACCUCUUGUUCAUGCCCUGCAGCAAGGGAUCCAGAAACGUUUUGGAGACGUCAUGAAAGAGCCUGAGCUGAUUGCAGCAGCAAUACUCCUACCAAGAUUCAGAACAUCCUGGACCACAGAGGAGAACAUCUUAAAUGCUGCCCACAGGCCUUGACUACAUCAGAAAUCACCUCAACACCGACUUGGAUGAUGUCACCAGCGCAAACAGCGGCCUCUCUGAUGAAGACGACUUCUUUGCAUCCAUGGAGUUGGGAAAAUCACAAGUAGGAGAGCUGGAGAGGUACCUUUCAUGUCUGUCCCCUGCAGGUAUGGAUCUACUCCACACCUUUCCUCGCAUCAAGAAGCUGUCACUCAAAGUCAACACAGGUCUUCCUGCAUCUGCAGCCUGUGAGAGACUUUUCAGUCAUGCAGGACUCCUGUUCACUGCUAAACGAUCACAGCUUCACAGCAAGAACCUUGAGAGCCAGCUACUGUUGAAGCUUAAUAGUGACAUCACUGAGCGAUUCUUUGGUGAAAUAGUUUGUUUCUGCAUGUUUUGACACACACACACAAACUCCCAGUGGGGCCUUCAAUAUAAAAGGGUUUUCAUGUUACUGUGCCAAAGAGUUCCUGGAGUGUUGACUGAAGUCAACCAGUCAAAGGGCCAGUGUCAGCCUAAAGGUUAGAAUACUGCCAAAUCUGUUGUCUGUCUGUGGGAGUCUAGAUGGGGGAAGCUGCUCCUCUCUCAGCUGCUUUUGAGCAAAGCGUGUAAUCCCCUUAACUGUGUAAUGGUUGUGCUAGAGAGCACAGAGCUAUUAAUGUAUAACUCCAUUGUAAAGACACAUCAUACAUGCUUUAUGCUGCUUAUCUUGGGGAGGUGGGACAAGUGUGACUUUUUUUUUGCUGACUUUUCUUGUUAGAUAUUGGAGCUGGAAGUAAACAUAAUGCCCCAUCUACAAC